ACACCUCCUCUCAAAGGCUUUAAAAAAAAGAGUCUAAACUAAAAAUCUUUCACAGGUCCCACGUUUCUUCCCGUCGGUAAUUGUAACUAAGCCGGAAAUGAAUAUUCCGGCGAGAAAUCCCUUUCUUCACAAAUGUAAUGUCCGUGCUUCAGUUCAUCACCGUCACGUUUUCCGUGAAAAUCCCUAACUGAAACCACACUCUUUCUCAUUCUCUUCUUCAACUACCUCACGAAGAGUGAGAACGGGAGAAGGUAUAAAAAUAGCAAUUUCCCAGUUUUUCCUCGCGUAAAUAUAACCGAUUGCUGUACUUCUGAUUGAUUCUGUGAUACGAUCUUUGUUAUAUGACGAUGAUCGGUUGGUUGAAGCUGUUUUCGAAGCAUUAAUUUCGUGAUUUUUUUAAGGUUCUUUUCGUGUAUUUGUGUAAAUUGUGGUAUCAAUUCUGAAAAAGAUAGAGCUGUGGUUUUGAUUCUGAUUUGACUUUGAACGCGCAAAGCUAGUUUCUGAGAAUUGCAGCAGAACUGCCUUGUCCGAGUUUGUUUGUGUAAACGAGUAUAUUUAGACUGUACAGAGAGAGAGGCAGAGAGGAGGAGGGUUUAGGCUAUAGUGUAGCAGAGGAAUUACGACUUCUUAAGAUAGAAAUGCCGGUGACGAAGAUUCAACCGAUCGAUUCGCAAGCUUACGGAGAAUCGUCGAUUCGAAAUGACUCCGCCAAGCCGGUUUCGAAAUCUCGAUUCAAGAGGUUCUUCGAUCGACCGUUUCCAAGCGUUCUACGGAAUUCAUCUACGUCGGAGAAGCUCAACGCGGCCGCCGUGGCUGGUGGUGGAGAGUUGCCGUACGGCAAGGAAGGAUUUCCAGCCGCCGCCGCGGUUGAGUUCGAACCGAGCUCGGUUUGCCUGGCGAAGAUGGUUCAGAAUUUCAUCGAGGAGAGCAAUGAGAAGCAGCCGUCCAAGGCCGUGAAAUGCGGACGCAACCGCUGCAAUUGCUUUAACGGCAACGGCGACGACAGUUCCGAUGACGAGUUUGAUUUCUCUACCUUUGGCUUCGCCGAUUCUCUAUCAAACUCUUCCUCUUUCGGCGACUCUUCCGAUACUCUCAAGAGCUUGGUUGUUUGUGCGAGCGUUGCCGAGAGAAACAUAUUAGCAGACACCUCCAAAAUUGUAGAGAAGAACAAAGCCUGCAAGCGUAAAGACGAUUUCAGGAAAAUCGUCGCCGACGGCCUCCUAGCUCUCGGCUACACCGCUUCCAUCUGUAAAUCAAAAUGGGAAAAGACCUCCUUGAUUCCAGCAGGUGAAUAUGAGUAUAUUGAUGUAAUUGUGGAAGGCGAAAGAGUGUUGAUUGAUGUGGAUUUCCGAUCGGAGUUUGAGAUAGCAAGGUCAACGGGAAGUUACAAGGCGAUUUUGCAGUUAUUGCCGUUCAUCUUCGUCGGGAAAUCCGAUCGGCUGCAGCAGAUCGUGUCGAUCGUGUCGGAAGGUGCGAGGCUGAGCUUGAAGAAGAAGGGGAUGCACAUGGCUCCCUGGCGUAAAGCCGAGUAUAUGAAAGCCAAGUGGCUCAGCCCUUACACCCGCGCUUCUCCUCCGCCGCCGCCGCCGCCGCCGAUUGAAGCCGAUCCUGAGCCGGAAGCGGUUGAUGCUGAAGCUGAAGCUGAGAGCGAGUGUGGAGAGUUAGACCUGAUUUUUGGAGAGAAAGAGACAGCAUUUUCUGUGUCACCGUCGCCGCCGAAACAGCCGGAAGUGAUGCAAUGGCAACCGCCGGCAAUAAAGCCGAAAGGCACUGAUAAGAGAAACAAGGUCGUCGUCACCGGAUUGGCUGCUCUCCUCAAGUAGAAAUCCUAAAAAAUUUUGUUUUGUUUUUUUUACUCGGAUAAAUUCCUAACCUUUUCCAUUUGUUUUCUUUUUCCCCCCAGUACAAAAAGUAUAUAGAGAGAUGGAGUCCAGAUAAUCGGAAAUCUUUAUAUAUUUUCCCCUUUAUUUUUUCUUUAAAUUUUCGUCCCUUGUUUUUGGUUGCAGGGUCUGAUGUAAGAAAAAAGAAAAUCUAUAUACCCCUUGCUGUAAUAAACUCUACUUAUAGAAACCCAAAAAAAGGAAAUUUUCAAAAUGAA